AUGGCGACGCGAACAAACAUCCCCAUAACCCCCACCGGCCUGUUCAUCGACCUCGCACAUGGCGUGCGCGAGUUCUGCUGUGACGUCGGCUCCUACCGCGCCAACAACAACACCUGCCUCUUCCUCGGCGAAGGAUCUGUCCCCUUCGGAUUUUCGUAUGGCAAGAACUAUAAUUCGACCGCCAACUUAACCGAAUCAGCCACCGCUCAAAUUGUUACCAUUACUGCGUCAGGAAAUAGCAGCACCAGCAGCACUACCACCACUACAAGCAUGACUGGUAAACUCGCCACCGUCGGCGCCGGGGUUAGUGUGCCAUUAGUGCUCGCUUUAAUGGGGGUCCUGUUCUUACUCUACCGCGAGAAGAAGGCGGAAGGGAUCCUGGCUAGGCGUAUUAGCACUGCGGAGGAGGAUAAACGGGCCUAG